UUUGUCAUGACGUAUCAAGAGGUAGACUUCGAAGAGAACAUCUGUACUCUACCGAGUCUGGUUUCUGCUGACACCACUGUCCAGGAAGUUGUGACGCCCAACUUCGGGAACGGUCCUUAUUUUGACAAUGUAGAUUGCGAAGUCAUGAUCGAAAGUAGCAUCACUGGUGCGAGGGAAGUAAAGGUGGAGGUUAUGUCUUCCCAUGUUGAGUGUUGUUGUGACGGUGUACGAAUAUGUGAUGAUGACGGCUGUCUUCGUUUGUGUAGUACAUCCAAAAGGAUCUUCCGUGGAAGCAAUGUUACAAUUCAUCAUUGGUCAGAUUACUCUUUGGGUUUCAAUGAUUUUACUGACUGGACUUCGUGGAAGAGCAACGCCUGUUACUGUGACUGUACCACCAAACAACGCCUUGUCGACGACACUAGAACAAGGACUUGCCUCAAGGACAGCUGCAUUGGCGAGACGAACCAGAAACGAACCCGGGUCUGCAGAACCACGUGUAAGGAUUGCGUCCUCGGGAAUUAG